AUGGUGCUACUUACGAUGACCCCCGUCAUUGUGGAGGGUCUUCGUAACCUCGAGACGUCUACAAUAACCACAGGGGCGGUUGCUUCCCAGGGUAUUCAUGAAGAUGCAGCCUUGGCCCCAGGCUCCAACGAAACAGGCGCAAUCGAAAACGAGAUUCAAGAUUCUAGGAAAGGGGAGAAAAUGCAGAGAGCACAGAUACCGGAGCCUGGAAAUACCUCCCUCAAUAAUCCUUCCAGCGAGCCGUCCUUGCAAGAUCCAAAACCUGGCAAUCCUAUAAGCCACCUCCAAAUCGUCGCCCUCUCCCGACAGCUAAAGUCUAUCAAUGCCAUACCAUGCCACCUCGAUGCUCUACUCCGCGGAUCUCAUGUCUACAUACCACCUCCGUCUCCUAAACCCGCUCAAACCGCCGAAUACAAAGCUCUCAUGGCCCGUCUCCGGCGCGAUGCUGAAGAACGCGACUAUGUCCGAUUGACAAAGCCAGCCCCGACGUCGGAAACAUACUCCAGGAACCUACCAGCGACAUCACCGGCCUUUGCUUUCGCCUCGACAGAAGCAUAUAUCGAAGCUUCGCCCGAUGAUGACAUAACCUACGACGAUGUCACCCGCCAGCUCACCCUUAUCCUCAACGUACUCGUCUCCAUCAUAGCAUGCUCGGCGGCGUUGUGGAUGGUUUCGAAGUGGUGGAGCACACCCGCUCGAUUGGCAUUAUCUUUUGCAGGAAGCAUAUUGGUGGCCGUGGCGGAAGUCGGAGUGUAUUUCGGAUACAUUAGGAAGGUUAAAGAAUCGGUCAUGGAGGAGAGGGCAGUGAAGGAGGUUAGGGAAGUGGUGGAUACCUGGGUUGCCAAUCCGAAUGACAAUAAUACGUCCCAGGCAGAAGAGAGGAAGGAAACCACACUGCUUAAAGGGAAAGAUAAUGAAGCUGUCCGCCGGCGGACGAAAAAUAGCAAGGAGAGUCAGUCAUAA